AUGCCUCAGCUCUUGGCUACAAUUCCUGAUGCAGCCAACACAAACACUUUUUUGGACGACCCUGAGGCUUAUGCGGCCACUGAGGUUAUCCUCAACACAAAAGACAUUCUCGCUUUCGAGGCAGCACCAGAUUUACUUACUUCUGGCCAUACAUUUGCUUCUGAAGAUUUCAUAGGUGGUGACAAGUCUUUUCGUGCUCGAGGGAAACAACCCGAAAAUGCCCCUCUUCCACUGGAAGUUAAAGAUUAA